UAAAAGAAUCGCUGUUUUAAAAAGCUAACCCAUCAGUCGUCGUCGCCGAUCAACUGACACGGUAACGUCUUCCCAUCUUGUUUUUUCCCCCUCCUCGUCGCCUCUGCUCGUUUAGGUUUGUUAUAAUGUUAAAAACAUCGCUACAUACAAGGCAUACAAAACUAAGUUAGGAAACAAACAGGAUGUAAGCAAGUUGAGUAACCGUUGCAAAUCUUUUUUUUCUCCUGUAUUUUUGUCUCAUUUAAAUCCAUGUAUGUAAAUAACGACGGAAGCCGAUAGCAUAAUUAUCUUUUGUCUACAUGCAAUCUUACCUGAAACUCGUCAGCGCAUCUUAUUAAACUACUAUAACCUCGGCUGAAUUAAUUAACUAAAAUAGUAAUCUCUAGAAUGGCUUUCUUCUCCCCCUUAACUGAAUGCACGCCAAUUAACUAGUUUCAAUGUAGCUUUUUAAUAGAGAUCAAGUGCCUUAUUAAGGAUGGUAAUACUAAUAAAACGGCCAAAAAAAAUGGUGGCACGCAGGUUUAAAUUUAUUUUAAAAAUAGGAGGGUUUUAUUCUAUGAUAACCGGGCCUAUAAAAGUUUAGACCUAUUUCCUUCGAAUUGCUGAUUUAGAUCUAAUGUCAUUGUCUAAUUCAGCCGAAAAUCAUUAAAGACAAAACGGAAAUCAACAGAUGUAGGUCAAAGAUACAUUAUCAUUAUUUUCGUCAGUUAAAUAUCAAACUCCUUUAUUGAGAGAUCUGCGUGUUUACUUUAGGCAAUAUUACUCCGCUGGAUGUAUCGAAGGUUUUAAAAAUAGUCCGAAUUUUUACUUCAAACAGGUAUUUUUUCCUUCCCCCGUAGCAAAGGAUGUGCAAAUAUAUUCUGCAAUAUGGGAUAUCCUGCCAUUUAAACUUUAUAAAAAUCCCAAAAUAAUAAACGUAUCGAAGGGAAGCGUUUUAUAUAGAUUAUUGCCAAUAAAAAAACAUGUACGAGUAGAAUAUAUCCGAGGAAUAUAUUUACAUUUCGUUUUAUCAUAAGAGUUUUAUUCUUCGCAAUACGACCUUCGUAAAUUUGAUAUCAUUUUUAUAAUAAUCCGAUGUGUAUCGCUCUUUAUCUGGAUACCAUCGGAUAUCUUGGAGACGUCACCAUAAAAUGAGCCAAGGUUGGUUCGUCUUCGUGAUUUUAAGUAAUAAGAUAGUAUACCCUGUUAUGUAUGCAUAUCGUAUUAUCCCUCAUACCUACUCUGACGUCCUUCGAAUUCCUGAGCUAUUGUAGAAUCUCGCAUUUAGAUGCCCCGGGCAUCCAUGUUUAACACGCUUCCAUCCUCCACACGAUGCCAGUAAAAAAAGAAAAAAAAAAAAUGUUAAACUGUUAAACCAUCUUUCAUUGUGUCGAUUAAGUUAAAUUAUUCAAAACGUCUUUGUGAGUCACCAUUCGAGAUAGCAAACAUUCUAUCCAUCUCGACACUACGGCCUUCAUCACUUCUCCAUUUAGAAUCAAGGGAGGAAUAAUGCGAUUGUCGUGUAUAGAAUUCAAAGAAUUGGAAAUUAUCAGUCGUUAUAUUAUAUUUUUAGUAGGAGUUUAGUGUGAAGAUGUGUUAACUUUCACCGGCGUAUAACAAAGUCGGAGGAAGACCUGUUAUAUAUAUUUAUAUGUAUGAGUGUUUCCUCCCCGAACAGCUGCUACUAUGUGAUAAAUCUUGAAAACAGCGGACUCGCCCCUCGUCGUGUUCACUGCGUUGUGUCGAAUUGUGCACUCGAACGUAGGAGGGGGGAAAAACUAUAUAGUUUUAAUAGCGUCUCAUUUUUUCUGAUAUUAAGCAGACAAUAGAGUAGUUACUAUUCUCUGGCCUACAUUGAUGGGUUUAGUACAGGAAGACAGCAGUUCAUUCACCUUUAGUCGUCUCACGUCACUGACUCGUAACCACAAAAUUUGCUUAUUUUUGUCUCCUCUCUAAAUAUUCCCGUGAGUCAUUUUUUUUGUGAUUUCUCCAGCCCUUCUCUAACAAUACCAAUUGGUGCACGCUAAACGCAAAUUAAUUACCUUGUAUUAAGUUGUUACCAUUAUGUAAAAAGUCGGUUAUCUGGAGGUUAAAAUGGCAGACGGCUAUAAAUUAUCCAAUGGAAAAGUUGAUAAGACGUCCUCUUUGGCACUCACGCUGCUACUUGGAAAGAUUCGAGCGGAGGACCAUCUUCUCUGAGGUCAUUGGGUCGUUGGCAAGAAUGUCCUAGAAGUGGAUUUAAGGUAAACUCUUAGCGUGUGUAGUUAACUAGACGCUACUGGAUUUUUUUUUUAUAUUUUCUACCUCGAUGGCGUGACUGGGAAUGCAGGUGAUGGUUGGUAGCACCUGCCUCGUGUCCGUUUUAUUAGACAGCUGUUGCUUACGUGAUGCGCGAUUUUGAAACAAUAUUAGGAUAAAGUCGUCUAGGGCAAUAAAAAACGCCCAUAAAGGACAAUAUUCGUUAAUCCUCCUUUCUUCGCACGCAUUAAUUCUUAAAACAUAUGUGGGUAAAAAAAAAGUGUUCCCGUCACUUCUACAGUAACAAAGGAUUGGUCUGUGGACGGCCGUAAAAUGCGCUUUUCCCAUAGUAAAGCCAUCUGUUGGACGAAAGGAGAAACAUAUUAUUAAAAAUUAUGACAAAUAAACUUUUCGGUUUCUCAGCCGCUCGAAUAAAAUAAAAUAAACACAGCCCGUUGGAAGUUAAAUACGUUGUUAUUCGCUAAUUGCAGCGUGUGUACCAAAUGAAAAGCGAUAAAAGAAUGGGGGGAAGUAGAGGAAAUGGCUGCCGAACACCGGAAAUGGGGGGCGCCAGUAGAACACAGACGUUUUGAAAAAUAAAAGAUGUCCUCCGAUGUCGGAGGUCAACGGUGAUGGUCGUCUUCCGGAGACGAUUCCAUUUUGGUCCCGUGCGGUGCUAGUAAUAGACGAGUAUAGACUGUUCCCUUACAAUGAGGCGGUCGGAUGCCAAUGAAAUGUACUGGAUGUGGGUCUCUAGCAAUGAAUCAUCACUUUGUGUUAAUGAUAGACAAACAGUUACCAUCGUUUCUUCCACCAUAGCGAAUAAUACUGUUUAAGAGAUCGGCAUGCGGACUAUGUGUUGCUGAAUUAACCGCCACCGUCCCAUUGUGUACAGAAAAGCCCAGUUUUUCCACUCCAAGGUCAAGUUUUCUCUAAGCUGGGAAGCAUCUCGCAUUAUGUUUUCAUGUGUUAACUGCUUUAGAUGCGUGAUGCGAUAGCCUACUUCGUUUUCUACCAAAAUAAUGAUCCUAACAAUGGCUUGCUGGAAUCCACCUUUAGAAAUGGAUUGGGCAGAUAUCAGACAGCAGUUGAACGAGCAGUUAAAAUGUCUGGACAUGCGAAUGGAAACGCAAGUUGCCAUAGUGGCAGAAAUACAGGAUUACUUUCGUCGACGGGCAGAGGUGGAAUUGGAAUAUUCCAGAGCUUUGGAUAAACUGUCCAAGAGCUUGAUGCUUAGACAUAAGGCAGAAAAACAGAGGAGAGACCAAUGGCAUUUAUUUUCAUCAUAUGCUAGUUGGCAGCAUUUAAUUGCAACAACUCGUCGACAAAGUAGGGACCAUGCAGUUUUGAGUGAAAUCUAUGCUACUCAUUUAAUAAAUCGUUGUAUGCAAAUAAUGGAAGAUGUUCAACGUAUUUAUAAAAGGUGUCGUGAAAUUGGCGUCGAAGGUCAUGAAGAACUCUUGAAAGUGCUUCACGAAUUGCAUACAACUAUGAAAACUUACCAUACAUAUCAUGCCGAAGAAAGGCAAGCUGAGGGAAAACUAAGAUACGUUGAAGCUCAAAGGUCCAAAUUGGAACAUACUAUUUCACGUGAAAAACUUGAACGAUCAAAAAAAUUUAGACUUAUUGAAAAGGAAAUACAUAAGAGACAAUCAAAGUACAAUGAUGCCAAAUUAAAAGCUUUGAAAGCUAGAAAUGAAUAUUUGCUCUGUAUGGAUGCAGCAAAUUCAGCCAUUCAUAAAUAUUUUGUAGAUGAUUUAUCAGAUCUUGUUAAUUGUAUGGAUUUUGGUUUUCAUACUUGUCUUGCACGUACAUUCAUGAUGCAUGUCAGUUCGGAAGAAUGCCUGAGAAAAUCUCAGCAAAGUAGCAUUGACGGAAUGAAUAAAUGCAUCGCUAGUUUAGAUUCUAGAGUGGAUAAACAGCGUUUUAUAGAAUAUAAUAAUUCGGCAUUCAUGGUUCCAAAGAAAUUUGAGUUUUUGGCCCACAAAGGAGAUGAGGUGAUGCAGAUGUGUAUAGAUAAAGCAGUUCAUGAUGAAAUAGACCAAAGGUAUAAACAGUUAACAAAGAGAUUAACUUCAUUAAAAACAGAGAGUGAAGAGAUUUGGAAAACCUUGGAAACUGCAGAACGUUCUCUUUUGGAUAUGAUCAGUACUAAAGAUUACGAUUGCUCGAUGCUGUUUGAGGAGGAUGGCAAAAAUGGACUCAGACAACCUGAAACUUUAGCUCUUAAAUUAAGAGCAGAUCGUCAAGAAACUGAGGAUUUUUAUUUAAAUAAAUUUCGGGAAUAUUGCAUGGGAAACAACCUGAUUGCUAGACUUCAAGCCAAAGCUGAUCUGAUGCGUAAAGCAUUAGGAUAUGAAGGAAAUAAACCAUUGGUUUCUGGUUCCUCACCGAACACAAUAGAACAUCCUCAUACUCUUCCUCAUAAAAUACGAAAAAAAAGAAUUGGUCAGACACCUCUUGUGGGACAACCAAAACUUUUUGGAGGAAGUUUGGAAGAAUAUGUUGAUGCAACUAAUCAAGAAAUUCCACUAAUCAUACAAAGUUGUAUCCGAAUCAUCAAUUUAUACGGUCUUCAUCAUCAAGGUGUAUUUAGAGUGUCAGGUUCUCAAGUUGAAAUUAAUAACUUCAGAGAAUCAUUUGAAAGAGGCGACGAUCCAUUAUCAGACAUGACAGAUGCUAGCGAUAUAAAUUCCGUUGCCGGUGUGUUAAAAUUGUAUCUGAGAGAACUGCGUGAGCCUCUCUUUCCCAUUUAUUAUUUUGAUCAACUAGUGGAAAUAAGUCAAGUUGAGUCCAAACAUGAAUUUAUCAACAAAGUCAGAGAUGUGGUUAGUACAUUACCUCGUCCUGUCUACGUUGUCCUACGAUAUUUGUUUGCUUUUUUAAAUCAUUUGUCAGAAUUCAGCGACGAAAAUAUGAUGGAUCCUUACAAUUUAGCCAUUUGUUUUGGUCCAACGCUCUUGCCUAUUCCAGAAGAUAAGGACCAAGUUCAGUAUCAAAAUCUGGUAAAUGAAUUGGUUAAGAAUCUUAUAAUUUAUCAAGAGGAGAUAUUUAUGGAUGAUGGAGGAAUCGUGUAUGAAAAAUAUAUUAGUACUAAUGUUCCUGAUGAAAAUGAUGUGGGAGAGUCGCCUCUUGAUCAGGCUUCUGAUCACUUAGAUUCUGAAGCAGACAUAUUACCAAGUGAAGAUGAGGGUGAAACAUUGGAGGCUAUUGCCCAAUUUGAUUUUACUGCACGUUCUGAAAGAGAAUUGUCAUUCAAAAAAGGGGAUACCAUACUAUUGUAUAGUCAGGUGUCCAAUGACUGGUGGAAAGGAAGUUUCUGCGAUCAUAACGGUUUAAUUCCAGAUAAAUACAUCCUCUUGAAAAUAAAGGACGAGGAUAAAGAAAGUUGUGACAAGAGGAGGACUAGUAGCAGCAGUGAUUCGUUAACCGGUGUCAGUCCCAAGACUUACUCCGAUUACGGAUCAAGCGAAAGGAGCACGGAUGGCCAAUAUGGCGAGUCACAGAGUAAUUCUAGUCUAAAUCCUACCAAAACUUCUGGCGAAAGUUUAUCCUCUCAUAGCAAACUUCAGGUGCCAGUAUCUUCUCAGGAUAAUCAUUUUGCCCAUUCUUCGAACGCCGACGAAUCUUUGGAAGACACGUUUAAAGUCGACGCUUCGGAUUUCAAAAGUACGUCUUCCCAGUAUUCUUCCAACGAAAGGAAGAAGAAAGAACUUUCGGACGAUCUAGAUUCGGCUCUGGCCAAAGUGUUCUGCAGUAUUAACACUCUAGAAGAGAAAACUGAGAAGAGGAGUCACACGCAGUGUCAGGACACUCCCGAUCUGGUGAUGGAUCUUCCCAUCAAUCCAUCCAGUCCCACAACGGGUUGUAAAGAUUCCUCAAAAGAAUCGCUGGACAAGAGCGAGUGCGCCAAUCUUCGCAACGCCACCAGAAGUUCCGACAGCCCGGAAAUGACGGCGGCAGAGAGAUUCGCCAUGUCUAACCAGUGCACCAUGAAGAAAGGUUCCAUGUCUCGCAGUGCCAGUCACGUGUCCAGUCUUCCCAGAUCUUCGGACGCACAGACGCAGACUUUUCGUACCGUCAAGCGUAGUGCCAGCACGGGAACCGAUUUCAGUCCCUCUUCCUCGCCGCAGCUUACCGUUCAAGGGAAGGAUCUGCCGGAAGUGAAGAACCUGGAGGGCUUGUCCGAGAACGUGGGGUGCCAGAACGAAGUGAAAGUGGAAACGGUGGAAAUCACUUGGACGUCUCCCCACAAAAAAGCGGACAUAGUGCCACAGCCCAACGAGGAAUCGUCGGACGCGCGGAACGUGGUCAGCGGAGGCGUGUCCACAUUUAAACCACCGGUCAAGGUCAAACCCCCGGUCAUGAAGAAACCCACCAUUAUUCCUUCGCCGGAACCAUCGAGAAGAUCUCAGGAAAGAGAAUUUAAACAGACGUCUUUUUGAAUAUUUUUUAGAAAAUGGACGAAAAAACAAGUGAUCUAGAAAAUAGCACAAAAAAAACGGUACACAAAUUUUUGUAUGGUGCGUAGAACAAAAUAUCUCAGGAUCCAAAUGGUGAUUAGCUUUAACAAAGUCACGGAACAGAGAGUAAAAAAAAGAAAAAUCUAUAUAUAUGCUCAUUUUUUAAGUCUCCAAACGGAUAUACCGCAUCGGCCUUCUCCUGCCUUAAAACAGUGGGGUGAUUUCGACAACAGACCGAAAUCCUACGGUACUUUUGUUACGAAACCCAUCCGUGACUUCGUUUUGUUUUCUUAUUUUAACGACGAAAUUCGGAAGACCCACGUCUUCUCGUGUAGAUAAAUGUAAUUUAGCUAAAGGAUUUUUUUAUUUCUAUACCAUAAUUAAGUCGUCGCAUCCGUACCAGCGAUUCAAAGCGUGCGUCGAAUAUUUUUAAGUCAUAGUUAGUAUCUCCGGUUGGUCUUCAGAUUUAUAUAUAUAUACAUACAUACAAAUUCACACACACACAUAUAUAUAUAUAUUAAAGAAAAAUUUUGAAUCCUUUAUGCAUUAGUAUAUUAAAAAAAACAUUCUGCAUCAGAUGUAAAUGUGCCAAGAUAUAAGUGCAUCUGUUAUGAGGAAUAAAUAAUUUUGUAUUUGCAGAAUAAUGUAAAAACAAAACAAACCAAAUCGAUGAAUUUUGUUCCAUUUUAUGUUUUGGCAAUUUUUAUAAUCGAGGAUAUUUAAUCGUAUAAAUGUUCUUGUACGAGAUUUAGACAAAUUGAAAAUUUGUUAUACGAGUAGUCGAUAGAACGUAAUUUUCUUGUGGGAUGCGUGCGUUUUUUUAUCGAAACUUUUGCUACUGUCACGAGGGGAACACAUCUUGUCACGUAAGCAAACAAAAAAAAGAAUUAGUGACGGAUGCCUUAUGCUUUUACCUCCUUUGUACAGUGUUGUAAUAAAAAGAAUUAAUAAUAAUAAACAGGAAGAUAACCAAA